AUGAUUUCCCACACACGAUCUCGGAGCAAAGGCUCAUUCUCCAUCUUUUCCUUUGACACUAUUCGAUCGUUCAGUCGUGCCGGUUCACGACAAGCAUCUCGGAUUCCCUCAAAGGACGAACUGCGUGAUCGAACAGAGUCAAGCCUCUCUUAUCGAUGUGAUCCCAAAAAUCAGCCGCCAGCCUCGCCCGAGCCGAUUUCCCCCGGCCAUGUCGUGGAGGAAUCUGUCAAGUCAACUCCUCAAUCACCACAAGGACUGGGAGAUCAUGACGAGGGCCAGCAGACUCAGUCAGAUGCAGAGGCUGCUGUGCUGCCAUUUCAGAGCACCCGCCGUCGAACAAAUCGACUGCGUCCCAGAUCGUGGCUGCCCUUUUCGCGUUUAUCCCCUCAAAGUCCAUAUCCUCGCAGCAUCUCCACUCAAUUACCAAAGACCGCCAGUACUUCCACGGUCGCUCGGAGUGUCAUUUCUGCUCCCGUCCUCACCAGUACCACGAAUAUCACCGUGGCUCGAGCGGAAGGAGUCCAUUGUGGAGAAAUGUUUGAUGUGGCUUUUGCUCAAUCCUCUUGGAACUCGCAAGUUGGCUGGGUAGCAAGUAACAAUGAGGACAGUGAAGGGUCAUCGCGUCACGCAAAAGCUUCCAGUGGACGUUGUGGUGAAAGUCCCGGGGGCAUUGCCAAUCUGACGACAUCGAAACGCGGAAGGAUUUUGCGACUGAGGAAUGCCAUCAGGAGUAAGAUUCGAAACGGAACUUCACGCCCAGCAGGCAUAACGGCACAGCACAAGCAAAUUCCGGAGACACCUGGAGAUGUGCAAGGCGAUGAAGUGCCGACGUUGAAGAGAGAUUUGCCCCAUUCGCGAGCAGAAACAUUGAAUCUCUAUAAAGGGAAGAUCAAAGGCAUCACAGGAAAUGGUCACAUUCGACGCAAGUCUGUGAACACCGACAAAGGUGCAGCAGAAUCAAGAGGGGGAGACUCGCCUCUUCUUGGUCGCGGCGACAUCAUAGACCUUCCCCCGACAGAUUUCGCUUCCGAACACAGCGACAAUGAGUCUGGGUUUGGUUCACUCACCAGAUCAUUUGCCAGUGCCGUUGAUAAACUGGACUUUUACUCUAGUCUGCCACGCAACAUGUCUUUCCUCAGGUCCAGAUCCUCCUUCUUCCAUUCUAAGCAAGGAGGGAAUGGAGGCAACAAUCAAGAUGAGACGAGCCGGCAAUUCCCACCAAUUUCGCCUUCCAAGCCAGCGCCUCCAGUCGCUCGAGCGAUAGCUGCGUCAUCCCAAUCAGAUCUUUUGGGCAGUUUCAAUCCCAAGGGCCAUCUUCAAAAGCCAGCCUCAGCAGCGAGACAUGAUGGGCAACACGAUUCUCAAUCACAAGAAUUCGGGCCCAACCGAGAAGUCCAGGCAGGCCGACAGACUGCGGUCGCGCCAUUGGUGUUUUCGGCCGAAAAGAAUGGUUAUGUGCCUGCGGCGCCGAUAGCUGGAUACCCUAGAGGAGUCAACCCGUUACGUAUGCAUCCGCCUGGAGCCAUGGCUGUAGCACCAUCCGUCCUAGAUCAAGCAUCACAAGCAUUGUCCCUUGACCAUAACGCACCUCUCACCUUUCCGCGGAGACACACACCAACCCCCAACAGCGAGGACCGUGAAGGCUCAGAUACGACUUCACUCGAAGAUGCCCCCAUCUAUUCACCGUCUCUCGGAGAUCUCAGCCAGUAUGCUCGCGAUACACCUCGCCCAGCAAAGGCUGUCCCUUCUGGAGGCAGUCGAGACCAAGACGGGCAUUCAGUGUCUACCCAAAGCUCUGGUAAAAAGGAUCUCGCUGCCAAAGGACAAGCCGGCACAUUAAAGAAGAGUAGGAGUGGUGUGGGAUUGUUCUCGAAAUCCAAGUCCGAAAACACGUCCACAACCUCUACUCACAGCAGACCGCAGGCGGAAUCACCGUUGUACCAACGUAGCGGUAAUCAACAGGGCAACACGGACAGUGGCAAAGGAAAAAUGGUGAAGAAAAGUAAGAGUUUACAUUUUGGAGGACUUUUUAAGAGAAAGGAUACGGCUGACCUGAAGUCGACAAUGGCAUCGUUGGCCUUUCAACCAGCCACACCAUCCCCACUUCGAAAGGUGAUGCGCUUUGGCAGUCAGUCAACCCGAGGUGGCGGCAACUCUCCUACAGCACCGUCGGCAAAGAAAUAA